UUAUAAAACCCUUGCGCCAAUACAAAACCCUGAAAGCAGAAACUGAAGAAUCAGCAGACAAACACCAAAAAAGUUGAAUUUUUUUUGAAGACCCAACGUAAGCUGUGUAAUGGAGAAGGAACAAGAAUCAAACCCUAACCCAAUUUCAUCAGUUGAAUGUGAAGAGUGCAAGUUGAAUCCAUGGAAGUAUAAAUGCCCAGGUUGCUCUGUACGCACUUGUAGUCUCCCUUGCGUCAAUUCCCACAAGCAAAGGACUGCUUGCAAUGGCAAAAAAUCACUCACUAACGUUCUCCCUCUUUCUCAAUUCGACGAUAACAUCCUUUUAUCAGAUUAUAAUAUGCUUGAGGAUGUUAAAAGAUUUGCUGAAUCCGCAAGAAGAAUGAGACAGAAGCUAUGUGGCUACUCUCGUUUUAAGCUUCCUUUCCCUCUUAAAAACCUUCGUAGAGCUGCAGACAGUCGCAGAACCAAAAUACACUUUCUGUCCAGUGGAAUGUCAAAGAGGGAGAAAAAUCAAACUUAUUACAACAACAGGAAUAAGUUCAUAUCUUGGACAAUUGAAUGGCGGUUUAAUUCAACAGACGUUGUCUUGACUGACCAUGGAGUACAUGAAAACACAAGCCUCAUCGAUGUGCUUGAGACUCAUUUGAAACCUGGCCCCUGGAAUCAUCCACUGAAGCAAUUUUGUGAAGAGUCUUUGGACUGUCUUAAACUUUUCAUUCGCAAACAUUCAAAGGGGUCGAAAUCACCUUUUUAUGAGUUGAAUUCAAAAGCUCCAUUGCGUGAGCAACUAGCCAAUAAAGCUAUUUUGGAGUACCCUGUCAUUUAUGUUUUUCUGCCAUCGCACAACUAUGAUUUUGAAGUAAUCAAAUCUCCCAUUCCUCGAAAAGUUGAGCCAAAAGUGCUAAAUUGCAGUGAUUGUCCAAGUCCCAAGGGAGUGAUGUUUAGGGAGGAGGAUAUAGGGGAUGGUGGAUCAUCAGAUUCACACAUUUCAGAUCUCUUGAGUUGUGACAGGUUAAAUACAGCAUUCCAGACCUCUAACAAGUCAUUAAACAUGUUAUCAGUUGUCGAGGAAACUGCAUCUGUAGUUGGUGAUACAUGCAUAACUUUUGAUUCAGAAGUUUUGUCAACGAAAGAGAUGGAUCCAAUUGGAGAAAAGUAUUGGUCAUUGCUGGGUGACAUUUUACCAAUGGAAGAUGAAUUAGAGGAAGGGGAGAUAGCUCCACUAUAAAUUCGUCGUUGCCUUAAGCUGAUUAUGUUGUCUACCCUAGUGUUAAGAGUAAAAUGGUUUGCUUU